UCAGCUGCGGUAAAAACAACCAUCAGUAAAAUGGCAUGAUUACCGAUAAAGAAUGUUACAGUCAUUAAAAUACCUUUUGGACGUGUACCGUGGGCAUACUUGAAGCCUUGUUCAGGUCUGACUUGGCAUGAUCGCUUGUCUUGCGCUGGAGUUUGAAAGCCUCGGUUGCCCUGGUGAUGGGAGAAAGGUGAGCUGCAGGAGCGGGGAAGACCCCGGGAAAACUGACGUCACCAGACGGAACUCCCCUCGCCAUCCCUCAGCCAACAUCCAGGAGGCUGCUGCUGCUGGCUAAGACCUCUCAGUAAUACUCAGCCAGUGGACUGGUGGCCUAGGCUCCAGUGAGAGGUAGCGGAGAUGGUGUCAUUUGUGGACGGUGAAUGUGGCUCAGAGACUGUUCACAAACGGAGACGGACAACCGGCGCGUCUCCUCCAACAGAAGCGCUCACACCUAUACAGCAGCGGCAGACUGCCCGGCACAGAAAGCAGACGCUCAUGUCCAAGUUGAGUGACUCCGGUUUCGAGGAAGACUUGGGAUACUCCCCGAUUUCAUCCCCGGCUCGGAUAGAUGCGUCCCCGUUCCGUUCAGAAGAGCCUCCUGCAGGACAGCUGUCCACCUGGCACCUCCAGUACGGGGACAUAGGUUACAAGAUCCAGAGGGAGAAAGAGGCGCAGUUUCAUCCCUGCAAAAGCCUUGCACGCCAGCCACAAUUGACUGCAGAGGCCCGGUGCAAGCUACUCAGCUGGCUCAUCCCUGUACACAAACAUUUCCGCCUGUCCUUUGAGAGCUGCUGCCUGGCGGUGAACAUCAUUGACAGGUUCCUGGCAUCCACACCGGUGGCUGCUGAUUGCUUCCAGCUACUGGGUGUGACUGCACUCCUCCUAGCCAGUAAACAGGUGGAAGUGUGCUCACCACGCAUCAGCCAUCUCUUGUCAUUCUGCUGUGACGCCUUCACAAAGGAGCAGCUCUGCAACCUGGAGUGUCUCAUCCUCCUCCGUCUCAACUUCUGCCUCGCUGCACCCACCUUGGCCUUUUUCCUGGGCUAUUACACCAACUGCAUUGAGGCUGCCCACCUUAAGUCUAACAACACAGGUGGGGACAGUUUCGCAAGGAGGAAUCCAGAUGCAAAGAGACGCAGGCAGUGCAGCAACCUUGCACAAAAGGUGUGCGAGUUGAGUCUAGCAGACUACACUUUCAACAAAUACCCCCCAUCUCUGACUGCUAUCUGUGCACUGAGGCUAGCCAGUGAGUUACUGAAAACUGAUCAAGGGCUUGUUGAGGAUCCAACCAUCCAGGCACAGGAAGACCAGUGGGGCGGUUUUGUGAAUGAACUGUGUACCCAACGAGCUUCUGCCCAAUUAUCUGAGAGCCCUGAGCUUUCUGGGGGCAACUCUCUUGCAGUAAAGAGCCACUUCCUGUCACUGAGUCAGGGGAGCUACAACCACAAUCUGGCCAAAGAAUGCAAAGACAACCUGAAGCUGUUGGUGUCACUAAACCAGGAGACAUUGGAAGUGAUGUGACUAUAAGUGUGCCACCAUUAUAGAUGUCAACAAAAUGCCAAAUUCAUUUUCAGGUGAUCUUCAGAAGGAAAGUCUGGUUAUACAGAUGUGUCUCAUCUAUACCUCAGACAAUCAGUCACUUGCACCCACUGAAUGUUUUAUAACUUAGCAUAGUUGUUUUAUAUUUAUUGAAAGUAGGUUGUUGUUUGUCGGUAAAGUAUAAUAAUAUAUUCUGUUUAUUUUAAUUAUUUCUAAAUCAUUCAU